AUGGCCGGGAACGCCACCACGCCCGCGCCGAUACCCGGGGACAGUUUGACGGGGUUUGCCUUUGAUACGUUCAACUCAACCGCCCAGACUCUUGCGGGCGCGGCAUUCAACAAUAUCCAAGAGCAGCUAGGACUCGAGGCCAAGCCCGAGGAGUGGACUGGGGUGGGUCUAGAAUGGCUACGUAGUCUACUGGGACGCCGGGAAUGGACCCUCCCUUGUGUUGAGGUUAAGAUUCGACUCUAG